UAGAGAUUUAACGGACCACCCCCACACACAGAGCAGCAGUUUACACUCUUUAACGUAAACACACUCCCGUCGCCUGCCUGCCAUUCCCGUUUCACGUUUUAUUUGGCCUGGACAUGGAAAACUCAGAGCAAUCGAUGAAAGAAACCAAAAGGCGAGAACGGCAAGCAGGUUCAAUCCAGAGUGGUUUACAUUAUGUUGAAGCUUUGGAGAGUGACGACGCUGACGUCGGCUUGUGUGGCUGCAUGCUGAUGGCUUUUUCCGUCCUUCUCAUCCUGGCGACUCUGCCCAUCUCCAUAUGGAUGUGCAUUAAGAUUGUGAAGGAGUAUGAGCGAGCCAUUAUCUUUCGCCUGGGGCGCAUUGUGCGAGGAGGAGCCAAAGGACCAGGAAUGUUCUUCAUCUUGCCUUGCACCGACAGCUUCAUUAGCGUGGACAUGCGCACCAUCACCUUCGACAUCCCGCCACAAGAGGUUUUGACCAAAGACUCCGUGACAGUGAGCGUGGAUGGUGUGGUGUACUACCGGGUCCAGAACGCUACCCUGGCCGUGGCUAACAUCACUAAUGCGGACGCCGCCACCCGACUGUUGGCCCAGACCACGCUGAGGAACGUCCUGGGCACCAAGAACCUGGCAGAGAUCCUGUCUGACCGUGAAGAAAUUGCACACAGCAUGCAGUCCUCUCUGGACGAUGCUACGGACGACUGGGGAAUCAAGGUGGAGCGGGUGGAGAUCAAAGAUGUGAAGCUGCCCAUUCAGCUGCAGAGAGCCAUGGCGGCUGAGGCUGAGGCCAGCCGCGAGGCCAGGGCCAAGGUGAUAGCAGCGGAGGGGGAGAUGAAUGCGUCGCGGGCCCUGAAGGAGGCCUCCCUGGUGAUCGCAGAGUCUCCGUCAGCCCUGCAACUGCGCUACCUUCAGACCCUCAACACCAUCGCUGCAGAGAAGAACUCCACCAUCAUUUUCCCACUGCCGCUGGAGAUGAUGCACGGUUUCAUGAAACACUGAGUCCGAAACAACACGCCGCUGACAUGCACACACUCACACACUCACACAACAUACAUCACUUAACACUGGAAAGUACUAAGGCCCUGCGUCUACUAUGGUGGGAAGUUGGUCCUUAUGGUUCCUUGAGGAAUUAGUGGAGGGCAACUGCAGGUUCUUAAAUGCUCAUUUCAUUUGAACACAUCUAACCAACUUCAGCUAACAGCCAACUAGCACGUGUGCCAGUUCAGAAACCACACGUGUGUUUGUUUAGUUCCUUAGAGUAGUUAAAACCAGAAAUUCGUCUUAUGUUGCGUCUGCUUUUUUUGGAGCUAUUGAGCUGAAUCUGAUCUCUUUGGCAUGCCGUCGUCGACUGAGUUGACUCAGUCAGCUUAGCGGCCACUGAAGAGGGUCGGCCGGAGCCAACAGUGCCAGACACCCAACAAAAUCUGCAGCUUUCAGCUCAGGGCGUGUGUGCCAAUAACUGACUGAACUUAGUUUGACUUGUGUCGGAGUCAGAGUUGAUCCAAAAACAGUCAGGGACUUCAGUGUUUGUCUUGCAGUUUCUUUUUUGUAUUUUUUACAGCAAAUAUGGGCCAAGGAUCCAUUGCUAUCAGAGGACGAGCUAUUUAACCUCGGAUAUCAUCAUCAUUAAGUGCCUGCUGGAUACGUGGCCUAACCUAAACACGCAAACACACACAUUAAAUUUUUUCUCCUUCCACGACCACUGCCAGCAUCAAAGUGCUGCAGUCAUUUCCCACCCUUCUAUUAACAUAGCUUUAGCUUUAGCUUUAGCGCCAGUUCACAACAUCUGAGUAUGCGUUUUAGAUGUUAGAUGUGCCAUAACCUCAGCAUUUAAGCUUAGAAAUGCUUUAACAUAUGCCAGGAUGUACAGUAUAUGUUAUGCAGUGUUUUUGUCAAAUCUUUUUGCACUUUUCUUUUCAACUUUCACAGAGAAGUUGAAAGAAUCUGUCGCUGACAUGCUGAUCUCUUUGGAUUUUUCCCCGAGAUGAUCUUUAUUAACUUUUCAGCAGGUGCGGUGUGUUUGAAUAAGCUUGUACUUCGUGCUGGUGUUCAUCAACGAUAUGUUGACAAAAUCUAGACGGUCGAUUUUGACAUCGUGUAUCAAUUUGAAAUAUUAAGAGGGUUGGAAAAAAUAUUAAGAGACACUUUAGAUGACCAUUCCUGCGUAGCUGCCAGUCCCCUUAAAUUUUAAUUCACCCUCCUCUCUGGCUUCACUGUUUGCUUGGGAAGGGCAGGAAUUGCCAAUCUUUCAGUCAAACGCUUUAACUUCCUGUCAUGGAUUCCUGUUACAGGCUAUUCACACUUCUAUGCACUUCCAUCUUGACAGUUUUUAUUGCCCUCUUUUCUUUGUAAACACACACCAAUACCAAAUAUUUUACAAUCGCUAUUAAUCUGUCUACUUUUAUAGUGUAGCUGUGUUUUUAAAUGUACUCUCUAGUUUUUAGUGUCUGUCUGACCAAGUAGUGUUCUUAUACAUAUAUGUGUAGUAGUUAUUAUAACUGACCUGGGAGCCUGUUAUUUUACUUUUUAAUACGGAAUAUAAAGCCUGUUACAUUGUACUGCAGUAACAUAAGUUUUAUGUUAGCGCUGCACAAGAAAGGAAGUGAACACAUAACCUCAGCGCAACCACGUUGUGCUGCUGAUCACUGACUCUCUGUGGUUCGUGUUGAUUGUCCAUUUGCCUUAUCUGCAUUGUUGUUGUCUGUGGUCAUUAAUGUGCACCCGUUUUUGCACAUCAAUGUUUCUUUAAUUCAGGACUAAUGCAUGGUGGUUUUUGUGGCUCACAGUAUUUUUAUGAGCAGUUUGCUAAUGUUUGAUAUCAUUUCCUCUUGAUAUAUGGUGUAUAUACACAAUAUAUGAAAUCCUCAAAUAAAGAUGCUGUCCAAAA